CCGGAUGAGGCUGAGCUUCCGGGGUCUGUAGCUGGAGCGCCGGAGUAAGAGCAGGAUCAGCUGAACUACAGAAGAAAUGAAAAAUAUUCUCCUAAGAGAAUAUUUAAACUGCUGAAAGAGUUGAAGCACAAGCCGUCCUGAAGAGCCUCCAGAACACGCAGAAAUUGUUUGAUACAUUUAACAGACAAAUAAAGCCAAGUCCCGACAUGGAGAAACAUCAGCACUCUAUCAAGAGUUUUACUAAACAGAGUGAUCUAAAAAAACACCAGCGCAUUCACACAGGAGAGAAACCGUAUUACUGCUCAGACUGUGGAAAGUGUUUUACUCAACAGAGUAAUCUCCAAAAACACCAGCGCAUUCACACAGGAGAAAAACCGUAUUACUGCUCAGACUGUGGAAACUGUUUUACUCAACAGAUUAAUCUCAAAAAUCACCAGCGCAUUCACACAGGAGAGAAACCGUAUCACUGCUCAGACUGUGGGAAGAGUUUUAAUCUACAGAGUACUCUCCAAAAACACCAGCGCAUUCACACAGGAGAAAAACUGUAUCACUGCUCAGACUGUGGGAAGAGUUUUACUCAACAGAUUCAUCUCAAAAAUCACCAGCGCAUUCACACAGGAGAGAAACCAUAUUACUGCUCAGACUGUGGGAAGAGUUUUACUCAACAGAUUCAUCUCAAAAUACACCAGCGCAUUCACACAGGAGAGAAACCGUAUCACUGCUCAGAUUGUGGGAAGAGUUUUGCUGAACAGAGUACUCUCAAAAUCCACCAGCGCAUUCACACAGGAGAGAAACCGUAUUACUGCUCAGACUGUGGGAAGAGUUUUAAUCUACAGAGUACUUUCCAAAAACACCAGCGCAUUCACACAGGAGAGAAACCGUAUUGCUGCUCAGACUGUGGGAAGAGUUUUAAUCAACAGAGUAAUCUCAAACUGCACCAGCGUAUUCACACAGGAGAGAAACCGUAUUACUGCUCAGACUGUGGAAAGUGUUUUACUCAACAGAUUAAUCUCAAAAAUCACCAGCGCAUUCACACAGGAGAGAAACCGUAUCACUGCUCAGACUGUGGGAAGAGUUUUAAUCUACAGAGUACUCUCCAAAAACACCAGCGCAUUCACACAGGAGAAAAACUGUAUCACUGCUCAGACUGUGGGAAGAGUUUUACUCAACAGAUUGAGCUCAAAAAUCACCAGCGCAUUCACACAGGAGAGAAACCAUAUUACUGCUCAGACUGUGGGAAGAGUUUUACUCAACAGAGUAAUCUCAAAAAUCACCAGCGCAUUCACACAGGAGAGAAACCGUUUUAUUGCUCAGACUGUGGGAAGAAUUUUAAUCAUCAGAGUAAUCUCAAAAAACACCAGCGCAUUCACACAGGAGAGAAAACUACCUCAAAUCUGUUCCAAGACAAUUAAAAGUGCAAAUCGUAAAUCUUUCAGACAGAAAACCUUAUCCUACACAAAUGUUUUACUCUCUCACUUGGGACACGUUCCACCAGAAACAAACAUGAACUGAAUUUAACAAUGGAAUUUACAGGUUCAGCAAAAUGAUCCUUAUCCAGGGAUGAUGUGCAUUGAAUUCCAUGUUAUGUUUUUCGUAUGUUCGAUAUUCCAGGAUAAGGUUGGGCGGUAUUGAAAUUUUUCAUUCCGCCAUAUUGUCGUCAGAUCAUAUGGCGGUAUACAAUAUUACCGGGGGGGUAGGGGGGCUAAUCUUAUCAUUUCGGUGGUUAGUUGGUUGUUGGAGGUUUUAUUGCCACUGCAGCACAAAUGUGGCUAUUUGUGGCGAUAAUUUCAGUGAAAAUUAGUGAAACCUGUAGAGUUUAUUGAGUUUUUGCUGUAUGAUCUCCUCAGUGAGAAUCCCUAACCCAUAACCAAUCAGUGAGCUUCAACUGCUUACCCCUCCCACUGGUCUUUCAUUGUGGGUGCGCUGAAUGUCUUAAACGUCCUGUUUUUCAAAGUUCAGGUUUGGCACGUCACAUGGUUAAUAUACCUUCACUAUUUUACAAUACCGUCACCAUAUUUGAAUACCGUGGUAUACCAAAAUACCAUCAUAGCGCCCAAUCCUAUUCCAGGACAUUCUGAGACAGAGCUCAGUUUUUAGGGUAGUUACGUUAUGGGUUUAGUUCUGAAGAAGGGAAGGCUAUUCGAGAGAGGGCACUGCCAGUGUUUGCACCAGAUGUUAGGUUAGCAUAAAUUAGUCUUUAAAAUUUAGAUGUCGUAGUUGUUAGGAGUAGAGUAAGAUUCUUAGCUUGCAACUAAUCGUUUAGUACCAAACCUUCAGAGCUUUUGCUUAGAAGGUUUUGAAUGCAUUUAAUCUCUUUUCUAGUAUAUGCAGAACAUAUAUCUAGUAUAUUGCCUGUCCCUGACUACCUCUGUUUGCCUAGUUCUGUAAAUAAACCUGUGUUUACUAAUCCGU